GAGAUAUGCCAUAACACAGGCCUCCAGCAGCAGUCAGUCGAAGGCCUUCACCAGGGAGAUGUUAGUAAAGAGGCAAACUGGGCAGGCACAGAGGAGGAGCUACAGAGAAUAGCAGUGCAAAUUGCGAAGGAGAUUUUCAGCUUUCUACUGGAUGAGGCUGCCAGAGUGUUACUGAAGGCAGGAACCUGCGACAAGUGUCCACUCGUUUUCCCCGAGACGGAAGAAUGAUUCUUUCCGGAAAAAGCCAACGUGGAAGGGCGAGGAACGGGCUUCGGUGUGUCAGCUGGCCUACUCCACCAAAAUAUAGCGCUUCAGGCAGACCACAUGUGGUACUCGUCCCGUAUCCUGCUCAGGGGCACUUUUCGCCAGUUGUGUUCCUCGGCAAGAAGCUGGCAGAACUCGGAUGCGCAGUUACCAUCGCCAACGUGGUUUCCAUUCAUGAGCAGAUCAAGGUAUGGGAUUUUCCUUCGGAGUUGGAUAUCAGGCUGGAGCCUCUUCAUCCCGCGGUGGAUUUGUCGAAAGGAGUUCUCGCUGCUGCAGAAGCUGAUCUAAUGCGCUUUUCAAGAGCAGUUUACGAUCUCGGCGGCGAGUUCAAGAAUUUGAUCCAAGCUCUGAAUGACAGUGGACCUCGCAUUACCGUCAUAAUCUCUGAUCACUAUGCUGGAUCAUGGUGUGCUCCAGUCGCCAGCGAAUUUGGAAUUCCAUACGCUGUUUACUGGCCUGGAAGUGCGGCUUGGUUUGCUGUUGAGUACCACGUCCCACUGCUUAUUUCCGAAGGCGAUCUUCCGAUAAAAGAUGGCGAGGACCGAGAAAUCACUUACAUUCCGGGGAUAGACUCGAUCAAGCAGUCUGAUCUUCCAUGGCACUACACGGAAGCCGUGCUUGAGUACUUUCGUGCUGGAGCCGAGCGGCUCAAGGCGUCGUCCUGGAUCCUGUGUAACACAUUCCACGAGCUGGAGCCCGAGGUGGUGGACGCGAUGAAGAAGCUUUUCAACGACAAGUUUCUGCCAAUCGGUCCCUUGUUCCCGGUGCUGGAUGAUCACGGCGACUUGAAGUCCGUGCUGAGCUUUCUCAAGGAGGACAGGGAAUGCCUCGACUGGCUCGACACGCAGGAGCCAGACUCAGUCCUCUAUGUCGCAUUCGGCAGCAUAGCGAAGCUGUCGCAGGAGGAAUUCGAGGAGCUCGCGCUCGGUUUGGAGGCGAGCAAGGUGCCGUUCUUGCUCACAGUCAGGCCGCCCCAGUUCGUGGACGAAGCAGACACGACAGUCCUGGUGAAGAACAGUGACUUCUACAAGAACUUCGUCGAGCGGACCAAGGGACGAGGCCUGGUGGUUUCAUGGGCGCCGCAGAGAGAAGUUCUGGCGCACAGGGCAGUGGCUGGAUUCGUGAGCCACUGCGGAUGGAACUCGGUCCUGGAGAGCGUCUCCAGCGGCGUGCCGAUCAUCUGCUGGCCUCGGAUAUACGAGCAGGGGCUCAACCGCAAGAUCAUGGCGGAGAGGUGCCGCAUCGGGGUGGAAGUUUCGGACGGGAGGAGCUCCGACGCGUUUGUGAAGCGGGAGGAGAUUGCUGAGGCCAUUGCGAGGAUCGUCAACGACAAAGCUCGAAAGGCGAGAACGAGGGAAUUCAGGGACGCGGCGAGAAAGGCAGCGGCAUCGGGUGGUGGCUCUCGGAAUAACCUGAUGCUGUUCACAGACUUGUGUUCUACCGACACUCGAUCGUGAUCUUUGGCUUCGGUCUAACAAACUGUGGUCGCUCGGGUGGUGGGCUUGGGAAUAACCGGGUUAAAAACUUAAGUGUUCUACGGACAUUCACGAA